AUGUGCCAGUACCCCAACUUGCUGAGGUUCUACGAACAGCACCAUGUGCCACUGCAGGCCACGGACAUGGGCUUCUCCAUCGACAACCCCACCAUCUCAUGGUGCCUGUCGUCGUCCCUACCACAGCAGUUGCAGCUACUCAGGCACCCCAAGUUGCCGUCCUUCGUCAAGGACAAGACGCGCUUCCACUCGGAUGCGCUCGCCUUCCUCGAGCGCUACCGGGAUGCAGACGCAGCGACGGCGCCAGCGCUCUCGCUGCUGGAGUUCUGCACCAAGCACGGCUACGGCGCUGCGUUCAUGGAGGGCUGGCUCAAGCCGUUCUGCGAGGCGGUGUGGUCUGCACCAAAGUCCGAGGCCAUGGCCAUGGACGCGUACUCCAUCCUCGCCUUUCUGCGCAACCACGGGUUCCUCACGUGGUCGACGCCGCAGUGGUACACGCCGCGCGGACGAACAACGCUCACACUGAAGCUGUUUCGCCAUCUCUUUGAGCAUCUUGGCGUGGAGGUACACACCGCCAACCCCGUGCACGCUGUGCGGCGCCAGGAAGACGGCACCGUGGCGGUCACGUCGGAAACGCAAGGGGAGCGCGUGUUUGAUGAUGUUGUGCUCGCCACCCCCUCGGGCCUGGCGCUGGAGCUACUGGAGGCACCGACACAGGACGAUGUUGAUGCGCUCUCCGGCUUCAAGUGCAGCUCAAACACAGUCCUCUUGCACACAAACCCAGACCUCAUGCCAAGGGAUCGCGCGCUGUGGAGUUCGUGGAACGUGAUUGAGCGGGAAGAGACAGGCGACCGCCCGCUGCUGACAUAUUGGGUGAAGCCGCUUCAGCACAUCAAGUCGGACAACGUGUUCAUUUCCCUCAACCCACCGGCGUACAUGCUUGAGCACAAGCAGCGACGGCGGGAUGUGUUGAUGGAGUGGCGCACGCAGCAUCCGAUGAUGACGGUUGACGCUCUUCGCUGCCAGCGCCGUGUGCACGAGCACCAUCAGGGCAAGGGCGGCGUGUGGUACGCUGGUGCGUACCUGCACUACGGCUUCCACGAAGAUGGCUUUCGCAGCGGCAUCGAAGUCGCUCGCACGCUCCUCAAGGACACGAGCAUUCCCCUGCUGCCCAUCUCUGGAGACGCCUUUCAUCCAACCCACUUCCUGCUCAAAGGGUCAACCACACACGUCAGAUUUAACCCCAGCACGGGCAAGGUGGUACACUCCUUCCGCUAUCCGCUGGAGUACCACUGCAUCAACGUUGAUGCGGGCUUCCAGACGUGGUGGGGUGGCCUGUUCCGGCGCGACUACUUUGGUGACCAGGCGAACUGUGGUUUGGUGAUUUGCGUAUGA